CAAACAAACCCCACGAGUCACGACCGUGUCGACCGUGUCACAAUUAACUCAAUUUCCAAAUCCGUAUUUAUCGCUUUCUCCUCUUGACUAAGCAAAAAUGUUGAAGAAAGUAAGGCGAAAGGUCAAAGCCUUUGUCACCAAACCCUUUAAAAAGCCUAAUAAGAGCAGACCUCCAAGACCUCCAUCACCACCACCUACUCCUCCUCUUUCUCAACCACCAUCUCCGCCGACUCCAACGAUGUCUUCCUCCCGACAAAAGAACGCUCCGUUUCUCUUCCCGAGAUCCGAAUCAUCCGUCUUACCCGACCCAUCUCGCUUCUUCAGCCACGAUCUCCUCUCAACUCCUCUCCCAACAAACUCCUUCUUCCAAAACUUCACCCUCAAAAACGGCGACCAAGCUGAGUACUUCCACCCUUACAUCAUCAAACCAUCCCCUUCCUCAUCUCUCUCCAUCUCAUACCCAACUCUCUCCCACAACUCCGCCUUCAUCUUCGAGCCUUUCAACGCCGACAUCACCAUAACCGGGUCAGAUGGAUCCGAUCCUCAUUCAAGAAAAACUCAUCUCAUCUCUUCCUUCAGCGAUCUCGGCGUCACUCUAGACUUCCCUUCCUCUAAUCUCAGAUUCUUCCUCGUCAGAGGAAGCCCUUUCAUCACCUGUUCGGUCUCUAACUCCACGGUCACAAUCUCAACGAUCCACGCGGUUCUGUCCUUUUCCGGUAACACCUCAUCAACCAAAUACACAGUAAAACUCAACAACAACCAAACCUGGCUAAUCUACGCCUCUUCACCGGUUCACUUAAAUCAAACCGGAGUCUCUUCAAUCACCUGCGGUGAUGGAUUCUCCGGUAUUCUCCGGUUCGCUGUUCUACCUGAUCCAAUCCCCGAUUUUGAAUCAAUCCUCGACCGGUUUAGCUGCUGCUACCCAAUCUCCGGCGACGCUGAUCUCACGAAGCCGUUCACUUUGGAGUAUAACUGGGAGAAGCGAGGCUACGGAGACCUCUUAAUGCUCGCGCACCCUCUCCACCUCAAGCUCUUAUCAACCAACGACUGCUCAAUCUCCCUCCUAGAAAACUUCCGUUACCGUAGCAUCGACGGAGAUCUCGUCGGCAUCGUCGGAGACUCAUGGGUUCUACGACCAGACCCCGUUUCAGUCACGUGGCAUUCCAUCAAAGGAGUUAAAGAAGUUCACCACGAAGAGAUCAUCUCCUCUCUCGUCAAAGACGUCAACGCGUUAGACUCCUCCGCUCCUGUCACGAACUCUUCUUACUUCUACGCGAAGCUAAUCGCGCGAGCCGCGAGGUUAGCUUUAAUAGCUGAAGAAGUCUGCUACCUCGACGUGAUUCCAGCCAUUAAGAAGUAUCUAAGGGACAUGAUCGAGCCGUGGCUUGACGGGAGUUUCGAACCAAACGGGUUCCUCUACGACUCUAAAUGGGGAGGCGUGAUCACCAAGCAAGGGUCGAGAGACUCAGGAGCUGAUUUCGGGUUCGGGAUUUACAACGACCAUCAUUACCAUCUAGGCUACUUCCUCUACGCGAUCGCCGUGUUGGUAAAGAUCGAUCCUUUGUGGGGGAAGAGGUUUAGGCCUCAGGCGUAUGCUCUGAUGGCGGAUUUCAUGACGUUGGGGAAGAAGAAGAAGGAGAAGAAAGGAGGGAGCUUUAGGUCGGAUUCGGUUUACCCGCGUUUGAGGUGUUUUGAUUUGUUCAAGCUUCAUUCUUGGGCGGGUGGGUUGACGGAGUUUGCUGACGGGAGGAAUCAGGAGAGUACGAGUGAGGCUGUGAAUGGUUAUUACUCGGCUGCGUUGUUGGGGUUGGCUUAUGGUGAUACGCAUCUUGUGGCGGCUGCUUCUACGGUUUUGACGUUGGAGAUUCACGCCGCGAAGAUGUGGUGGCAGGUGAAAGAAGGCGACACUAUAUACCCGGCAGACUUCACGGCGGAGAAUCGUGUGGUGGGAGUAUUAUGGUCAACGAAGAGAGACAGUGGCUUAUGGUUCGCGCCAAAGGAGUGGAAAGAGUGCCGGCUUGGGAUACAGUUAUUACCGUUGCUUCCAGUGUCGGAGAUUCUGUUCUCAGAUGUGAAGUUCGUGAAGCAGCUCGUGAACUGGACUAUGCCGGCGUUGGGGAGAGAGGGUGUCGGAGAAGGGUGGAAAGGUUUUGUGUAUGCGUUGGAAAGUAUUUACGAUAAAGAGGGAGCGAUGGAGAAGGUUAGAGGGUUGAAUGGGCAUGAUGAUGGGAACUCUCUGAGUAAUCUGUUGUGGUGGAUUCACAGUAGAAGUGGUGAUGAUGAUGAUGAGGAUGAUGAAGAUGGGUACGGUGGCCAUGGCGGUGGCGGGAAGUAUUGUUCAUUCGGGCAUUAUUGUAAUUAACUUUAAAGUUGUUGGGUUUUUGGUUUGUUAAAAUAAAACAAUGUUUGAUAUGUUGGGCUUAAGAUUCUGAAUCAAUCUAUAUAACUUAUGUUGGGUUUCAAAAUCUUGAACAUUAUGGAUCCACCAAUUUUAUUUGACCCCAUGUCAAUAUGAUUACUUUCCCAAAUUUGAAAAGUUAGGGGUGGUGGGCACUUGGGGUUAUUUUAUGGUUUCGGUUUGGUUUAUUUAGUUCUAAAUAUUUUUCAAUUAAAAUAAACUAUAAUUAGUUUGGUUUGGAUCGAUUUUAGUUCUACUUGUUCAGUUUUGGUUUUAUUUGUAUU